AUUCACACACACUUUUCACAACAACACUCACUCACCUUAAGCAACACAAACAAACCACAGUGCAUUCCCGACAAAACAACAAUGGUGGGUUUCUACGACUUCUCCGACACCGACAACGAGUCCGCCAUAGAAGAAAUUAUCUCACAGGCCCAAGAUGCAUGCGUUUUGGACCAACUCUCCGCCAUCAACUGCGCCGGAAUCACCAACUCCGUCCUCCCUUCCCACCUCGAAACCCGUUUCCGCAACCUCAAAUCCUUUCCACCGACCAAAGCUCGCACAUUUCCAACCCCCACUUCAAGAAACGAGCCAAGUUUCAAUUUUUCGUCCUCCAAACAGAAUCCAGAUUCUGGGUACACUUCUUCGCAUGACAAAAAGGGAGUGGAAGAAAAAGCCAAAGAUGAGUCUGUUUCUUCGCCCCCUUUUACACCUUCUUCCUCUGAGGAAAGUUCCAUGUCUUCCAUUUUCAAACCGGCGCAAAAGAACGGUUCCAAACAGCACUCUCCUUUGAGGUCUUCCGGUUCCCCUUCUCCUUCGCCUCCUCGGAGGAGGGGUUGCCUGUGGUGCUCUCCCAAGAAGAAGGAGCAGAAGAAGAAAGGUAAGGAGAAUUGGGGUGACGAGAUUUUGUCUUCAUUGGGAAGCUUCUCCAUGAAGGAACAGCAGAAGAUACUGAAGAAGGCGAUGAAGGAAGAAGAAAAGGUUAGCCGCGAGGCUGAAAAGAUCGUGCAGUGGGCCAAGCAAGCAUCUUCAAGAAUGAAAGCUUCUGACAUUGAUGAUGAACUCACCGAUUAAAGCAUUGAAUGUUGGGGUCUCUAUGUCACUUUACUCUUCUGAUGUUCAGAUAAAAGAAAAGCAAAAAUUGUAUUUGUUGUCUUGUUGUUUUGGGGACAGUGGGUCUGUUAAUUUCAUUUUGCAUAUUGUCCCAAUAUUGCGUUUGUUAUACUUUGCAUCAAUAUAAAGAUUUUACUUAGUUUA